GAUAGAUUUUGUGAUUGUAAAUGUUCCUAUGUUUAUCAUCAUCUAUAUCAGAAAAAGGAUGAUAACCAAAAACUAUGAAUGAAGCUUAGAUCAAAAUAGUUGCUAUGGUAGGAGUUUUGCAGUCUCAGCUCUUCAAUGUUAGAGUCCACACCUUAACUUCAGCCACAACAAAAUGCCUCAUUCCAAAUCCAAUAAUGCAUACAACUUUACCAGGCCUAACUACAUGUUUUGAUGGUACUUCAAUCCAUCACAAAAUGCCUCAAGUUCCAAGUGAUUGCAGAAGUAUUACAAAGGUUUUUGGGCUGCGGCGAAGAAGGGCGAAUGAGAGGACUGAAACUUAUGUGCUGUUAGAACCAGGGCAGGAAGAGAAGUUUGUUUCUGAGGAAGAACUUAAGGUCAAGUUGAAAGGGUGGCUUGAAAAUUGGCCUGGCAAGUCUCUUCCUCCUGAUCUGGCGCGAUACGAGAACAUCGAUGAUGCUGUUUCAUUUUUAAUAAGAUCUGUUUGUGAACUUCAGAUUCAUGGAGAUAUUGGCUCAGUUCAAUGGUACGAGGUUCGUUUGGAGUGAACAGAGAGAUAGUGUAAAAUCAUUCUCCUCAAAUAUCAAAAACACAAUACUCUCUCUGUUUUCUCAGUUACUUGAAAAUUUUGUAACGCAUUUAUUAAUUGUAUUAAUAAUUAAUAAAUAUUAAAUAAGACAAUUUUUUUUCUUCUUCUUAACAUUACCGUCUUUAUUAGACUAUAUUUAUAA